GGAAAGCGGGUACGCCGGGAGCGCGGCGGGCGGGCGCCGGCGCCGGGGAGGUGGGGCCGCGCCGAGUCGCAGUCCCGGCCCCGCCGCCGCGCUGCGCACCGCUGGGUGCCGGCCUGCGCCCGGAGCCGGAGCGGCCGCCCUGACUUCCAGAGCCAGUGCGGGUGUGAGAUCCCUGGUCCCGAGCCUCGGCGAUCGCCCGCUACCGCGCGGCUGUGCUUCACCCCAAAGGCUGCGGCCGGGCUGGCUGAGCGGCUUGUGGAUUUUUCAAAAAUUUGGCUCCGGGGAGGAUCAUUUCCUCUCGACAUGCAUCCCUCCGGAUAGGCUGCACAUCCUUCGGUCCACCCUCCGCCCCUCGCGGUCCGAGGCAGGCUCUGGGUGGGCGAAGAGGAUCCGGGUGGAAAUCUGCGCCCCAGGUUCUCGUCCCCGCCCCGUCCAGCCGCCCCCUUCCACCUCCCGGACUCGAAAUUUCCCCGGGAUUAUGUUUCGGAAAGGAACCGGGCGAGGAAAUACAUGCACUCGCUGAGAAUCGCCGGCGCCAGGGCGCAGAACCACAAGGUGUAGCAAGCGAGUGAGUGGGGUGGGGCGAGAGGGGACCCAGGAGUCCCCGUGGCUCCCAGCGCACUCGCGGUCGCCUCUUCAUUCCUGCCCUCGGGGCGGACGGAGUGACCCCGGCCCCCGCUCCCCGCCCCGACCAUGGUAGUGUUCAAUGGCCUGCUUAAGAUAAAAAUCUGUGAGGCCGUGAGCUUGAAGCCCACAGCCUGGUCGCUGCGCCAUGCGGUGGGACCCCGGCCGCAGACUUUCCUUCUGGACCCCUACAUCGCCCUUAACGUGGACGACUCGCGAAUCGGCCAAACGGCCACCAAGCAGAAGACUAACAGCCCGGCCUGGCACGACGAGUUCGUCACUGAUGUGUGCAACGGGCGCAAGAUCGAGCUGGCUGUCUUUCACGAUGCUCCGAUCGGCUACGACGACUUCGUGGCCAACUGCACCAUCCAGUUUGAGGAACUGCUGCAGAACGGGAGCCGCCACUUCGAGGACUGGAUUGAUCUGGAGCCAGAAGGAAAAGUGUAUGUGAUCAUCGAUCUCUCGGGGUCAUCGGGUGAAGUAGGAGGAAUACCACUGAGAUGGGUCAACAGCCACGUCUUGGAAACAGAUGAUGAAAAGGCCCAAGAGUUCAGUAUCUCGCCACAGUGGAAGGAAGAUCAUCCUACAUCUAUGUCACCCCCUCCAAAGCUCAGGGACUCUUGCGGAAGAGGAUGGCGGAAAGAAUCACCUAAAGACAAUGAAGAACGUGUGUUCAGGGAACGGAUGCGGCCAAGGAAGCGACAAGGGGCUGUCAGGCGCAGGGUCCACCAGGUCAAUGGCCACAAGUUCAUGGCCACCUACCUUCGGCAGCCCACCUACUGCUCCCAUUGCAGAGAUUUCAUCUGGGGUGUCAUAGGAAAGCAGGGCUACCAAUGUCAAGUUUGCACUUGCGUCGUCCACAAGCGAUGUCAUGAGCUCAUCAUUACCAAGUGCGCUGGGCUAAAGAAACAGGAAGCCCCUGAUGAGGUGGGCUCCCAGCGGUUCAGUGUCAACAUGCCCCACAAGUUCGGGAUCCACAACUACAAGGUCCCCACCUUCUGCGACCACUGUGGGUCCUUGCUCUGGGGCCUCUUGCGGCAAGGUUUGCAGUGUAAAGUCUGCAAAAUGAAUGUUCACCGUCGAUGUGAGAGCAAUGUGGCUCCCAACUGUGGGGUAGACGCCAGAGGAAUUGCCAAAGUGCUGGCUGACCUUGGGGUCACUCCAGACAAAAUCACCAACAGUGGCCAGAGGAGGAAAAAGCUCGUUGCUGGUGCCGAAUCCCCACAGCCGACUUCUGGGAACUCCCCAUCCGAGGAUGAUCGAUCCAAGUCCGCCCCCACCUCCCCUUGUGACCAGGAACUAAAAGAACUUGAAAAUAACAUCCGGAAGGCCUUGUCGUUUGACAACCGAGGGGAGGAACACCGGGCAUCAUCAUCUAAUGAUGGUCAACUGGCAAGCCCUGGCGAGAAUGGUGAAGUCCGGCAAGGCCAGGCCAAGCGCUUGGGUCUGGAUGAGUUCAACUUCAUCAAGGUGUUGGGCAAAGGCAGCUUUGGCAAGGUCAUGUUGGCAGAACUCAAAGGCAAAGAUGAAGUAUAUGCUGUGAAAGUCUUAAAGAAGGACGUUAUCCUUCAAGAUGAUGACGUGGACUGCACGAUGACAGAGAAGAGGAUUUUGGCUCUGGCACGAAAACACCCUUAUCUAACCCAACUGUAUUGCUGCUUCCAGACCAAGGACCGCCUCUUUUUCGUCAUGGAAUAUGUAAAUGGUGGAGACCUCAUGUUCCAGAUCCAGAGGUCUCGAAAAUUCGACGAACCUCGUUCCCGGUUCUAUGCUGCAGAGGUCACGUCUGCCCUCAUGUUCCUCCACCAGCAUGGAGUGAUCUACAGGGAUUUGAAACUGGACAACAUCCUUCUAGAUGCAGAAGGUCACUGCAAGCUGGCUGACUUUGGAAUGUGCAAGGAAGGAAUUCUGAAUGGCGUGACAACCACCACCUUCUGUGGGACUCCUGAUUAUAUAGCUCCUGAGAUCCUGCAGGAGUUGGAGUACGGCCCUUCAGUAGACUGGUGGGCCCUGGGAGUGCUGAUGUAUGAGAUGAUGGCUGGCCAGCCCCCCUUUGAGGCCGACAAUGAGGAUGACCUAUUUGAGUCCAUCCUUCAUGAUGAUGUGCUGUACCCUGUCUGGCUCAGCAAGGAGGCUGUGAGCAUCCUAAAAGCUUUCAUGACCAAGAACCCCCACAAGCGCCUGGGCUGUGUGGCAGCGCAAAAUGGGGAGGAUGCCAUCAAACAGCACCCGUUCUUCAAGGAGAUCGACUGGGUACUGCUAGAGCAGAAGAAGAUCAAGCCCCCGUUCAAGCCGAGAAUUAAAACCAAAAGAGAUGUCAAUAACUUUGACCAAGACUUUACCCGGGAAGAGCCGGUACUCACGCUUGUGGAUGAAGCAAUAGUAAAGCAGAUCAACCAGGAGGAAUUCAAAGGCUUCUCCUACUUUGGCGAAGACCUGAUGCCCUGAGAAGUUGCUUCAGGUAGAGUUAGCUGAUGCUGCAAGGAGGGUGCUGAGAAGAUCUCAUGUUGCAGAGGCUCAGAAGGUGUUGAACUAUUUCUCCUCCCUGGAGCCCUAGUCCCAUGUCCAUUCUUUAUUUAUUGCAUUCCCUCACCCCAGGCCACAUCCCUCCCCCACUUCCAGUGACCAGAAGGCACUCUUGAGUACAGACUCACCAGGAAUAUAGUCUUGAGUCUGCAGAUAGCUGUGCACACUGCCAGGGGUUUGGAUUGUCCGUCCGUCCAUCUGCAACCCUGGUUCCAUUCCUGGGGCUCUUGCUUGUGAAGCAACUUCUGUUCUUUCACUGCAAAGAGAAAAAAAAAAAAAAACUCCAACAAGAAGACUCUGGCUCUGCCACUGGGCAGAGAAUCCUGACAUCUCUCGUUUCUCAUCCCUCCUAUCUCCCAGCCUGCCUUCCCUGCCCUUCUGUCCAGAAGAGACUGGUGCUUCUUCCAUGCAAGGGCAGGUGCCUCGAGGCACACCCUUGAUGGGGGGAGCCUGAGAGAUGUCUAGACUGACUGACUGUGUCAGUUUGCUCUGGAAUGGCACAUUCUUGCUUGCUUUGGUUUUGGCUUUUUUGAGCAUGCCAAAGUCAUAGACGUUUGUAUCUCAUGAAUGAAAUCACUCUUUAUUGAAGAAAUCAAAAGCAUUUUGAUUUUGAACUCUAUUAACAGUUCAAAAAAUAAAUUUCUAAUUGGCCAAAAGAUAGAAAUCCCAGUGUGAAUGUAGGUAGAUAUUAAAGGGCUAAUACACAGUGAGAAUCCAGUCAUCCAAAGUUUAUGCUGUCCAUACUUUAGUGACACGUGAGGGCUACGUGAACAGAGAAAUAAAGAAACUAGGGCUUAUCAUGGGAGCUCUCCCUGAGCACAAAGGCCACCAGAGCGAUAGCCAAGACCCCGAGGUUCCUGCAAAACUCAGCUCUAAUUCUCUCUCCAGUUUUGUCCUAAGUUCCCAGCACAAAUGCUAUUUAUUUUCCACAGCAGCGUGAUUUCUUUUUUCCUCACUUCUACAAAACCACUGUGUUGUGGUUUGAAACAUUCAACAUGUAGAGUGAACUAUGAAAUAUCUGCUUUGGGAACAAAAGCAAUGAAGCUCAGCCUGGGUUAGGCAGAGGGUGUCAGGAGAUGGAAGAGCAACCGUUGGAAGACUUACAAGGUGGCAGGAUGUGCCUGGAGUUUUGUGAUGGCAACUCAUGUGGACUCUAUUUAAUGGACUUGAUGUUACCUCCUGUAGAUAACGCUAACAGUGUUAAAUUCUUUGAUUUCCAAGGGUUCUCUGUGGCUUUAUGUGUAUGUUCCCUGAAGGUCAUUUGAUUACCUAUUUUAUUGAACUGAUUUAGCAGGGAAUGGAAUCCAUUCCAACUGUUGCACGUGGAUUUCCCAACAGCCCCUAAAUAUAUAUACUUGUGAGUGGCAAAGUGGCACUAAUGAAGCUUUUUGUCUUUUGUACAUUUGAGAUUUUUGUAUAUAGUGUUUGCUGCAAGGCCUGUGGAAUUAAUUCAUUGAAUAUAGAGGUAUCAACUGCUGCAUGUUCAGGCAUAUUAUAAAACUUUAGUCUAUGAAAGAAUAACUAUAAUAAUGUCCAGGUGCAAUACUCUAUCAGCGUGUUGGUUCAAGUUACCAAGAGAGGUUUGCUCCUUUCUAGGGAGGGUUGGGGUCCUUUAUAUUGUUUAUUUCCCUUUGGUUUAAAAGAAGUAACCAUAUCUUAAGCUAUAUUAAAUCUCACACACAGUUCUCUUGUGUUCUAUUAUAUCUUGAUAGAGAUGGGAGACAGAAAGGAAUGUUCUCCAUAGUGGUUUCAAAACUUGGACAGUGACUAUGUUGAGCCCAUAGUAGGUGUGUCCCUAUUUGCAUCUGGCUGGUCAUAGCCCUUGUUCCUGAUGAUGACCUUCAGUUCUCUUUUGCUUCUUUUUUUUUUUUAAAAGAAAAAAAAACUCAGGUGUAACUAUGAUCUGUUCUUAUGAUGAUUGCAGAUAUUAAAUACUAUGCUGUAUCAAUCCAUAUGUUUGGCGUACCAGGGAAGUGAUGAAGAACAGUGGGUUAAUUUACUUUAUCUCUGGUGACUUGCCAUUCUCGGGGCAGACUAUCUUCUGGAGUGGGAUACAAGCACAGAAACAUCUUCACGGUGGCAUCAUCUCAUUUUUUAGGAAGAUGUGACAAUAUGCCCAUCAUACUCACGCAUAACCUCCCAUCCCCCACCCCUGCCCACGCUCCUGUUUCCUUUACCAUUGUGAACACUGGACCACCAAGGCCAAUUUCAAGUGGCCUUGUCCCAGGGCUUGGUGGUGUUCACAUGGCAGUAGGGGCUAGGCCCUUCCUUCAGGACAACUGGCACUGUUGCUGGGAAAUCAAACAAUACAUUCCACCGGCAGCUCUAGGUAGUCAGCCCCUGACUCCCUUUCAGCACCCAAAACCCAGCUGGCCGGGAAGCCUCCAGCCAAUGCCACUCUCACAAAGGCAGAUUUGGAUCCAGUAGAGAGCUAUGCCUUGUGUGUUCCUUGGUUAUAUACUGUUUCCUUUCAACAAGGACUUAGACACACAGGGCAUGGCUCAGUGGUAGAGCUCUUGCCUAGCUCAUGUAAAGUUCUGUGUUCAAUCCCCAGCAUCACAAAAUGAAAUAAAUUAGGAAGUGGCCACACUGAUACAUUUCUGCCAGAUCUUUAUAAUCCUUCCAGCUCUCUCACUCUCUUUCCUUUAAAGAAAAAAAAAUGGAGUACAAAAAACAAUGCCAAAAAAAUAAAUAAAAUACAUGAAGGAUGGUAGCUGUUCUUGUUUGCAUUAUGGACUCUGUGAAGUAGAACCAUAAUUGUUUUUCCUCCAAAGGCGAAACAUCAUGCAUUCUUGCUUUAAAAAAUAAAAGAAGGCUAAAAAAUUACCUCUUUUUAAAUUAUGUGCAAAAUAAUUCUGGCUAAAUAUAAAAUGUAUCCAAUUUUAGGGGUUUUAUUUUGUAUUGUGAUGCUUUAUUUCUAUACUUUUUUCUUUUCUGGGUGUAAUUUUAAUCUCUUGCCAUACAUUAGUGUUAUUUCAUUGUAAACAUUAUUGUGCCAAAUGUACUGUAUUCAAAAGGAUGUGAAUGUGUAUUGUUCCAAAACCUAAUAAAUACGAUGACGUUAAAUCUUA